UUCGAAAUCAAAAUCUCCAGUACCGGGUACUUGGAGCGGUCCUGAUUAUCAUGAAAUGAAUAUUAGCCAUAACAAACGGUUGCAGCGACACGAAACAUGCAACAAUGAGAGAGUCCUUGGGGUUAUUACUAAAAAGUGCAUAUCUUGCAUAGUACCAGCAGUGACCAUUUGUGCAGCUAAAUCAAAAUCUCGCCGGCAAGUCGAGAUUACACUAAGUUGUGCGUUUCAACCAGUGACCGCAAACAACGAAAAAGUUUCUUUCGGCCAGAAAUAUUCCAGGCUUAUCAAAAUGGACAAGAAAUUGUUAGCGAUAAUCGAUGUUGCGAUUAAAUUUGAUGCAACGUUUACAUCUCGAAAACGAUCAAUGGAAGGCACACUUGAUAUCAUUAAAAUGAAAAGGAGACAUAGCCCAUGUUCAGUGGCAAUAAAGGAGCCUUGUUUGCGAGUGAUUACUAUUCGGAAAUCAAUACUUGCAAGAUCAGAUGAACGAAAUUUAUGCCGAGCUCAGGUGACAGUUCUCACUUCAUCUGCAGCCGACGUAAACUUCUAUCGGUGCCUGAAACGUAUGCAAGUUACACAUCCUAAACGUUAUCCUACGUCUGCAGAAAGCGCUUCUGAACAAGCCUAUAUUGUUGAAGAAAACAAUAUGGAGCAGAAGAUCACGAGCGAAGUCAACUGCGCAUCCGAACAGUUGUUUUCCCAGAAAGUCAACGCAGACGAGGCGUUGUCGAAGAACGAUAAGCUAAUAUUAUCGGGUCAUUCCUUGUUUGAAAAAUAUGUGAAAUAUAAACGCGAUAAACUGAAACGUAUGCACAGUGAACCAAUAGAGCUUGGUAGUAGGGAAUCGUCAUAUCCUUUAGCAGCUUCCGAACUAAUGCGAGCCUGUGCUGUUCGGAUACUGGAACCAAUCCGUCAAGUAUCAUACAUCACAGCGCCAAGUCGGUCACGUUUGGGCAGUGUCGAAGUGGAGACUAUUUUAACCCCAGCACGGACGUACAGGGAACAGUUGCUAUCCAUAAAUUAUCGUGGACUGAAAAAUUCACCAGUUAGCAGAUCAGAGCGUUCGAUGUCGUUGACGAGGACAUCUUUUGAAUUUGAUACUCCAUUGUCACCAUUCGAACAAAGCCUGCAGAAUCAGGCGUUCCAGCUUCGCAAAAUAUCGGCCUUGUCUAAUGGCGAUAUUCCAACUGUACAGGGUGAAGAGGAAAUAACAGAAGUUCUGUUCCUGUUGUGUUGUGUACUGGACAAGUUGAAUAUUUACAACAAUUGGGCAAGCUCUGAUCCAUCAGCAUCACCGCUUCUGCAACAUUUCGCAAUAUUUCCUGCUGUGUGCAACGGUCCAAAGGCCUAUUCCUCAAGCUGCUCAACACUUGAUUGCAGAACGGAUGAGGGUGAUUUCAUAAAACAUACUGACGCUGAACUAGAUGAGCUGGAUUAA